AUGCCGCCCUCGUCCUGCGCACUGUGCAAGGUGAAUCGGGCACUCAUACUGCGCCCCAAGGACCACUCCAAGCUAUGCAAGACGUGCUUCAUCUCGGUCUUUGAAACGGAAAUUCACCACACCAUCACCACAAAUUCCCUCUUCCAACGCGGCGAAAAGGUCGCCAUCGGCGCAUCCGGUGGGAAAGAUAGUACCGUCCUCGCUUCUGUUCUCAAGACACUCAAUGAGCGCUACGACUAUGGCCUUGAUCUCAUCCUCCUGUCAAUCGACGAGGGCAUCAAAGGCUACCGAGAUGAUAGUCUGGAGACGGUAAAAAGGAACGCGGAACAGUAUAGCAUGGACCUGACCAUCCUGGGAUAUUCAGAGCUCUACGGGUGGACAAUGGAUCAAGUGGUGGAGCAGGUGGGCAAGAAGGGCAACUGCACGUACUGUGGCGUCUUCAGGCGGCAAGCGCUUGAUCGUGGGGCGUCGAGGCUUGGAGUCAAGCAUGUAGUGACGGGGCACAAUGCGGAUGACGUCGCCGAGACGGUUCUAAUGAACUUGCUCAGAGGCGACCUGCCCCGUCUGUCGCGCACCACUUCUAUCAUCACAUCUACGCCCUCCGCGUCGUCUGACCCAGCUUCGAAUACCAAUAUCAAGCGCAGCAAGCCUUUAAAGUACGCAUACGAGAAGGAGAUCGUCCUUUACGCCCACCACAAGAGCCUCGACUACUUCAGCACGGAAUGCAUAUACUCGCCUGAAGCCUUCCGCGGCAGUGCACGUGCUCUGAUCAAGAACCUCGAGAGAGUGCGGCCCAGUGCUAUCCUGGAUGUGGUCAGGAGCGGCGAGGAUAUGGCGAAAUUAGUGCCUGGCAGCGAUGAAGGUUGCGGAGGUGCUUGCUCGAGCAGUGUGCCUGUGGCUGAAGAGGAGGAAGGCGGAUGCGGAAGUGCCCAAGGGCGCAGCACAGGUGGCGAGAUGGCUAGCGUCGAGGCCCAACUCAGGCAGAACGAAGCAGCCGUUGACGGCAACCUCGAGACUGAGAUCACCACGAAGAGUGUCAACGGCAGUGGACAGCACAGCAACGGCGCAUUACCAGUAGCGAACGGAAAGAAGGUCAAGAAGGGCUUCACACCCAAGAAGACGAGCAAGCAGGUCAUGGGCCAGUGCAAGAAGUGCGGAUACCUCUCGAGCCAGGAAGUCUGCAAGGCCUGCGUCUUGCUUGAAGGUCUGAACAAAGCACGCCCAAAGAACAAGAUCGAAGUCGGCUACGAGGUUCAAGAUGUCAGCCUGAACAGCGUUCGAGACGAGCUUGAAGCAACGACGAUAGGAGGGGAGUGA